UUUUGUUCCAGUAAAAUGGGAAAUUUUACGCGUAAGUUUUCGCCCACUUAUGAACACAUUUUAUUUAGUGUCAAAUGUCAUGCACACAGCACACCUAAGAAAAGGAGAAAUUCUUAAGACGUGGUGAUAAUAGUAGUCUGGCAGCGUAAGGUAACGCAGGGAGAAGAGACUGAAAUGGAGUGGUAUUUGGAGAAAGAAUUCGAUGUGAUCACAGGGAAGCAUCCCUCAGAAGAAGCUCAGAAGAAAUGGAGAAAGGCUGUGGCUCUUGUCAGGAAUCACCGUCGUCGAUUCCGCCAUGUUCCCGAUCUUCAGAAACGAUCACUACUUCAAACUCAAAUUCGAGAUGCUCAGGAAAGACUUCGAGUUAUUUUCACAGCAAUCAAGGUUGCUAUAAGAUUUCUCGAUGCUAUAGAUGAUAAGCCCUCAGACGAGGUUAUAAAAGCAGGAUUCUAUAUUGACCCUGACAAACUUGCAAAUAUCGUUAGUACCCACGACCUUAGGAGAUUAGAAGACAUCAAUGGAGUUAAAGGAAUUGCUAAUGCUCUAAAUGUUUCAUUGGACGAUGGUGUUAAAGUAGAUAAUUUGUCUAGCAGGCAACAGAUAUAUGGCAUCAACACAUACACUGAGAAACCUUCUAAGAGGUUUUGGAUGUUUGUCUGGGAUGCUUUGCAUGAUUACACACUCAUCAUCCUUAUAGUCUGUGCUGUGGUUUCUAUAGGUGUGGGACUAGCCACUGAAGGGUGGCCGAAGGGCAUGUAUGAUGGAGUAGGAAUCAUACUUAGUAUAUUUUUGGUAGUCAUGGUUACAGCGAUCAGUGACUAUAAGCAAUCCUUGCAGUUUAGAGAUUUGGACAAAGAGAAGAAAAAAAUAAUUGUUCAGGUCACUAGAGAUGCAAUGCGGCAGAAGCUUUCCAUAUUUGAUCUUGUUGUUGGAGAUAUUGUACACUUAUCUAUUGGUGACCAAAUUCCAGCUGAUGGGCUAUUCAUAUCAGGAUACAGCUUCUUAAUUGAUGAGUCAAGCUUGACUGGUGAAAGUGAGCCUGUAAAUAAGAGUGAAAAGAAUCCUUUUUUACUAGCUGGGUCUAAAGUAAAAGAUGGAUCAGGUAAGAUGCUUGUUACAACUGUUGGUAUGCGAACUGAAUGGGGUAAAAUGAUGGAAACAUUGAGUGAAGAGGGUGACGAUGAAACACCACUUCAAGCCAAAUUGAAUGGUGUUGCUACAGUCAUAGGCUUUAUCGGCCUGAUCUUUGCAGUGGUUACAUUUUUGGUGUUGACAGUUAGAUUUUUGGUGGAUAAAGCACUUCGCCAAGAGUUUACAAGUUGGUCUUCUGUUGAUGCUCUGAAGCUUUUGGAUUACUUUGCAACUGCUGUAACUAUAAUUGUGGUUGCUGUUCCAGAAGGAUUACCUCUGGCAGUGACAUUAAGUCUUGCAUUUGCAAUGAAAAAAUUAAUGGGUCACAAGGCACUAGUGAGGCGUCUUGCUGCAUGUGAAACAAUGGGUUCCGCUACUUGUAUAUGCUCAGACAAAACAGGGACACUAACAACAAACCAUAUGGUAGUUAACAAGAUAUGGAUAUGUGGAAAAGCUAAGGAGAUCAAAAGAAGCGAAAUUGGGGAUACUUUAAAUGCAGAAGUAACAGAAAAUGUAUCUACCAUUCUCUUGCAGUCUAUAUUUCAAAAUACUAGUGCUGAGGUGGUCAAGGACAAAGAUGGCAAAGUUUCGAUUCUAGGUACACCGACAGAAUCUGCACUAUUAGAAUAUGGAUUGCAUCUAGGAGGGGAAUUCGAAGUUCAGCGUCAGGAAAUAAAGAUACUAAAGGUUGAACCUUUUAAUUCUGUAAAGAAAACAAUGGCUGUAGUUGUGGCUCUUCCAGAUGGGGGGACACGAGCUUUUUGCAAAGGUGCAUCAGAGAUAAUUUUGACUAUGUGCGACAAAAUGGUCAAUAGCAAUGGGGAAACUGUUGAAAUGACCGAUGAACUAGUAAAUAUGAUGACACAUGUCAUCAAUGGUUUUGCCAGUGAGGCACUAAGAACAAUCUGCUUGGCGUUUAAGGAUACUGGCAACUAUGAUGAUGGGAAUAGCUUGCCUGACAGUGGAUAUACAUUAAUUGCAGUAGUUGGUAUCAAGGAUCCCAUCCGCCCAGGGGUAAGGGAUGCUGUAAGAACUUGUUUAGCAGCGGGAAUCACUGUGCGUAUGGUCACUGGCGAUAAUAUUAAUACGGCCAAGGCAAUUGCAAGAGAAUGUGGAAUACUCACUGAAGGGGGUUUAGCCAUUGAAGGAUCUAAAUUUCGCAACAAAACAUCGGAUGAACUGAUGGAAAUAAUUCCUAGAAUCCAGGUAAUGGCUCGAUCUUUGCCUUCGGACAAGCAUAUGCUGGUUACAAACUUGAGGACUGUGCAUAAAGAGGUGGUAGCUGUAACCGGUGAUGGAAGCAAUGAUGCUCCUGCAUUGCAUGAGGCAGAUAUUGGACUUGCUAUGGGAAUAGCUGGAACUGAGGUUGCAAAAGAAACUGCAGAUGUCAUCAUAUUGGAUGACAACUUUUCCACUAUUGUAAACGUGGCGAAAUGGGGACGAGCUGUAUACAUAAAUAUUCAAAAAUUUGUUCAGUUCCAGCUUACGGUUAAUAUUGUUGCUCUAAUGAUCAAUUUUGUUUCUGCAUGCAUCUCAGGGUCUGCUCCCCUUACGGCUGUUCAGUUGCUAUGGGUUAAUCUGAUCAUGGAUACACUAGGUGCUUUGGCACUUGCUACGGAACCUCCACACGAUGGACUGAUGAAUAGGCCCCCUAUUGGUAGAGGCGUAGGUUUUAUAACCAAGGCAAUGUGGAGGAAUAUUGCAGGCCAAAGCAUUUACCAAAUGUCUGUUCUGUUUGUUUUCAACUUUGCAGGAAAGCAAAUUCUGGGAAUUCAUGGUUCAGAUGCUACGGACAUUAUCAAUACUUUCAUAUUCAACACGUUUGUUUUUUGUCAGGUGUUUAAUGAAAUAAACAGCCGGGAUAUCGAAAAGAUAAACAUAUUUCGUGGCAUGUUCAGUAACUGGAUAUUCAUUGGCGUUAUGGUAUCUACAGUAGUGUUUCAAGUUAUCAUAGUGGAGUUCCUGGGAACUUUUGCAAGCACUGUGCCGCUAAGUUGGCAACUAUGGCUGCUUAGCAUUGUGAUAGGAUUUGUGAGCAUGCCCAUCGCCGUAGUUUUGAAGUGCAUCCCUGUCGAAACAAAGACUCCCAAACCUGUCGAAACAAAGACUCCCAAACAGCAUGAUGGUUAUGACCAGCUUCCAACUGGUCCGGAAGAUGUUUGAUAUAGUAAAGGAAGAGGAAACAUUAUGUUCCAUGUCAAUGUUGCAUCUACUGCAAAAUAAGUAAUGUAAAUUUUUCAAAGCCCUUUGCAAAUCACUCAAGUACGUAUAACUGUGUAAUAUAUUAUGUUACCGUCUUCGGCCAUCUAUCUGUGCUAACUGUCUAAUACUACGUUGACAGUCUUCAGCCAUCUAUCUGUACAUUUUAUCAAGUGACUGACUGAAUAUCAAAUUAUAUUGAAUAAUUUAAAAUGUCUAUUUAUUCUC